GAGAGGAAGGGGCUGUGGGUGGCGAUGGCCGAGCAGGAGGUGCGCGGCGUGUUGAAGGUGCCACGGCGACGGUUCCGCGGGCGUGGGGAGCUCAGCUCCAUCCGUGGGCACAGCCCUGCGGCAACUCCGCCGGGCAGCGAAGCCGCGAUGGCCGCCGCGGGGCCGGAGGGCCGAGGCAGGGCUGCCGGCACCGUGCACGGCCAGAAGGCGAACCUCAGCCAGCGCGUCCAGGAGCUGCACACCAUCAUCGCCUUGCAAGAGCAAGGGAGGAAGCUUUUCACGCAGUCAUGUGAGGAAAAGCUCAGUCAGAACAGAACGCUGCUCCCCCGCCUGCGUGAGGCAGCGCAGGAGGACGGCCAUGCCCUGGGCCUUGUUCAGAAGUGCAACAAGCUCACCGUCUCCGAGGCUUGCGGAGUGCAGAAACAUUUGGGCAUCGCUUUGGCCAGGAAGACCGUGGAGGUGGCCCAGGAGAAGCUUCGGGCUGACAUCUUUGAGCGGGUGAACACAUGCAACAUGCUGCUGUACCAGAUGAGGCAGCGGAGCCGAGCCCAGGACGAGCUGCAGAGGCAGCUACAGCAGCUGCAGGAUGCUGAGAUGGAUGACAAGCAGCACCAGGUACAGGUGAUUCGCCAGCUGGAGAACAACAUUGAGAAGAUGCUCACGAAAGUCCACGCUGGACAAAAAGUGACUUCCCUGUACCUGGCAGUACGGGAUGUCCUGAGGAAGGAGCUGGCCCACCUACCUCUGCACCUGGACCUGCUCUGUGGGAUGGCCAAGAUGUACCAUGGGGAGCUGGAAGAUAUGGAGCUCAUGGCCCUGAAUGCCCUCAAGGCCGCUGAUGUAACCAAGGAGGACAUGGCUAAGAUGGAAACCCAGUUCCUUGCAGAGAGAGAGCUCAGGUACCGCUCCCUGGCAGCGCAGAAGGUGCACAUCGACAGACUCUGGCUCAAAGAAGCAAGCGAAAGGCAUGUGAGAGCGCAAGCCAGGUACGAGCUUGCCGUGGACUUCCCGAACCUGCACCCGCAGGACCUGCUGGUGGGUGCCACACCAGAGGCCACCAAGCCCCAGAUGGAGAGUGAGGCCUGGGUGACCGAGAAGAUGGAGAAGGCCAAGGCUGCAGUGCAGUGCUCCCGCCUCUGGGACAUCCCCGGCAGGCUCCUGGCGCAGCAGAAGUCCUCAGCGGACCUGGAACAGUAUGUCAAGGAGUGCAAGGAGAAGAAGCAGGCGCUGAAGGAGAUGCUGAAGGAGCUGGAGCUGAAGCAGGCUGCGCUGAAGUUUCGCCAGCCCCGCAACACAAUCAGGACGCUGGAGGAGGAGCUGAGGAUGAACCUGCAGUGGGAAGAGGCUCGGCUGGAGCAUGUGCGAGCCCAAAUGCUGAGGGUCCAGGAGCUCCUGGUUGAGUUUGAAAAUGGCAUUGACCACCUCUUCGUCCGUCUGCAUGGCAUCCCCAUGCCUGGCCAGGACGAUUCUGUCAAGGUCAGGAGGGUAGAGGAGAAGCUCCAGCACUGUGAGCAGAAGCUGCAAUACCUGGUGCAGCGGGUGGCCGACCUGUCCCCCGACAGGCACAGCCCUGACGAGGACAAUGAGACUUUUGUGAAGGUCAGAAAUUUUCUGGAGAAAACCGCGAAUGAUCCACAGAACCUGAAGAUUUCCUUGGAGGACAUAGGCAGUAGGGUCCAAGACCCCUUUGAUUUUGCUGACAAAGACCAUGGCCUUGUCCUCACUCGGGAAGACAUCAAGAAGCAGGGGCUGCACCUAAUCGAAAGCAAGAAGAAAAGUGGCAAGAAGAAGUAGCAGUUGCUCCACGAGAGCUUUGGAUGCCCCAGACCACCCAUUGUACCCUUUUUCCAUCAGGUUUAAUAGAGGAGAUCUUUUUUCAUUCC